AUGGGCCUGAAGAGUCGCCACCUUUGGGUCAUAUCCAUUUUGCUGUUAUCAUUCUUGACACAAGGCAUAAUUGGGUUAUGUGUUGAACAUCGAUGCGACCACUCUUUGCAUAUACGACAUGCGAUUCGACAAUGCCCCGAGCGAUCCCACGAACGACGAGCUACAAGCGAUGCUGAUUCUGCCAAUGACGCCAAAUUUGUGAUCGAUCUCGAAUGCCAUGCCACCAGCAAAGACGAAUGCGACCGAGUUCAGGAGACGUUGGCAAAAGCUGGCAAAGUCAUUUCGUCUCAUAUCGAGUUUAAAACGCCGAUUACUGUCAAUGCGAGCUACCUCGACUUUUGCCGAGAUUUGGGUGAAUGCGAUCUUACCAAUGGAGCCAUCAAUAUCGGGCAAGCGUAUCCAGCAGUGUCAUACUUGAUGCAGAAACAGUCGUCAGCCGAUGAAGCUAAUAUCACUAGCAUGUAUCCUCAGGCCUUACUAAAACAGUACGAUAACCUGCCAAAGCAGCCUAAUUGGACCGCCUAUGAUAUGAAUGCACAAUUCAACAGCCAAAUCGAUUGGUAUUUUGAGGGUCAUGGAGAAAUUGAAUCGGAUCAAAGUGACUUUUUGAAUACGGUAAUUCACGAAUUCAUCCAUGGUCUUGGCUUUGUCAGUGCAUGGAGUACAGCAACCUAUGAACGGUUUUCAAGAUAUGACACCGAUAUGCCAAAGUUUCUCACCCCUGUACCAUUGUCACCACCCGAUGAGCUCGAGGAAACUAGCAACAAUAUCGAUACUGGUGAAGGUCCACAGCCGUUUUGGGGAUUCGUCGACUUUCCACUCGAUCAGCUCAUGUAUACCAACGACAACAUCUCUUUUUCAGACGUCAGUCUCAUUUUGAAUACUUGGGGCAGUAGCAAUGUCAUGUUUGCGAGUAUGAUGGAUAUGGUCAAUUCAUGGGAAGCAUCCGGCAAAGUUCAGGCUAUGGCUCGGCAAAUGUACAGCUAUGCAACAUCAUCCAACCAAGUGACAUGGCUGCUUGACAACGGCGAUCAAUAUACAUCUGAAACAUCGUUCAAGCCUUUUGUUGAUGGUUCUUCCUUAUCACAUGUGGAUCACGACACUUAUAACGACUCGAGCGACUAUUUGAUGAUAUACAAUGCACGUCGAGGUGUCAGCUUGCAGGAGAUGUCAUCCAAGUAUGAUAAUUAUACACUUGGCCCACUUUUAUUGCGUGCUCUUGCCAACAUUGGAUACAAUGUCACAGCUUUCAACGAUCAAGAAGUGACUAUGGUUACUGCUGUUACGCAACCGGCACUCGAGUUUUGGGAACCUGCUAUACCCAUGGUCGGCACAGCUCAUAACCCUUCACCAUCCAUAAGCACGCACACAGAUGGACCAGCUCAUAUACCCACAUCCUCUUCUUCUUCCUCUUCUUCUUCUACUACGUCAUCUUCAGAUUCCUCUGCUUGCUCCUCACCUUCUUCAGCUGUCACGAUUAGCAUGUUGCUCCUGGUAGCCGCUUUAUUUAUCUUUUUCCUGUAG